GUCACGGAACCGACGGACACCCGCGGCAAAAACAAAAUUGGUGUGGUAAAAAAAAAAUCGGAAUAUCGUCGAGUUACCGGUGCCCUGGUUCCGUUUAUUGAGCCGCAGCCAUGCCCAUUCGGGCAUACUGCACGAUUUGUUCGGACUUCUUCGAUAAUAGUCGGGAUGUGGCAGCUAUUCACUGCGGGCAUACCUUCCACCAGGAGUGUUUGCUCCAGUGGUUUCACUCUGCUCCGAGUCGGACCUGCCCGCAAUGUCGAAUACAGGUCAGCAAGAGACAGAUAAUCAGCAAAUUAUUCUUUGAUAUUGGAGGAGAGGAGGAUGUCACUCUUGAUGCAGAAUCUCUGAAGAAUGAAGUGGACAAAGUAAAAGCUAGCCUUCUAACCAAAGAAAAGGAAAAACGAGAAUGUCAAAAUUUGGUGAACUCUCUCCGGGAGAUGCUGGAUGUGAGAAACGCAACAAUACAGUCCUUACAGAAAGAACUUGGGGACAUGGAGAUGUUGUGUUCGACAUUAAAGAAACAAAUGAGAUUCUUGGAUCAGCAGCAGUUAGAAACGAAAGCUGCGAAAGAUGAAGCUCGCAAAUUAAGAAACAAGCUUAAGACAAUGGAGAGCAUUGAUUUAUUGUUGCAGUCUCAGCGACAUGAGGUAGACCUUAUGGUCAGAGAUAUGGGGUCAGGCCCAGCAGCUGUUGAACAAUUGGCCAUAUACUGUGUGUCUUUGAAAAAAGAGUACGAGAAUUUGAAGGAGGCACGGAAAUCCUCUGCCGAGAUGGCUGAAAAGCUAAAGAAGGAAUUAUUUUCUUCUAACAACAAGGCGCAGAAGGCUGAACUUGAAUUGCAAAAAGUACGAGAGGAGCUUAGUGACACCCAGAAGGAGCUCCAGAAUGCAGACAAAGAAAUCAUGAGUCUUAAAAAGAAAGUUGAGUUCCUGCAGAAAACUCUUAGUUCACCAACAGCAGCCAAUGAAGCAAUCAGUCGGCUGAUUUUUGAGAGCCCUGCUCCCAUUGGACUUCAACGACCAAAGCUUCGUCCCCCCGUUUUAGGGGAAGAUAUCAACCUUGACAUCACAUUUGACAUUGAAACGCCUGAACACAACACACACAAGUCUGCUACUUCUGCUUUCAAAAAGAUGAAGCUCGAAGCCACUGAGGCAAACCCCAGUGCAAACACUCUACAGGAGUCUAAGAAGUUGACUGCCUGGACAGGCAUUAAUUUAAAUGCUGAAGAGGAUGAGCAACCCUCUUUACCGCCUUUCAUCAAAAACUCCCUGUUUCACAAAAAACCUGUCGGGAGUUUUUUGGGGAUGAGGCAGAACUCUGGAGUAGUUCGAACUGGGUUUGAUGGUUUAGGUGGAAGAACAAAAUUCAUCCAACCAAGCAACAUAGCAGAAAUUCGCCCUCUACCCCUCAAAGCAAAACGGAAGAAGGUGUCCAGGCCUGUAGUCUCCACGUCCUCUGCAUCUAACCAACCCAAGCUUGAAGACUUCCUGAAAUGAAUUUUGUCCAUCCUGAAAAUGC